GGCUGCGAGGCGAGAGGGCGGGCAGGUGGGCGCUGAGGGGAGACGGUGCUCGCUCGCUCUCUCCCUCUCUCUCUCCUGGCUCCGCCGCCGGGAAUGCGAAGCGAUGGCCGCGGGCGGCCCCAACGCUGAGGAGCGAAGCUACUGCCGAUUCCUGGAGCUCUUCUUGGUCGAGUUCCGAGGACCUUUCGGAGAGGAUCUGCCCGCGCUGCCCCGGCCGCUCUCGGAGCACAUCACCGAGGAGGAGGUGGAGGGCGAGUGCCUGGACCUUUGCCUCCAGCAGCUCUACAAGUAUAAUUGCCCUUCACUUCUGGCAGCAGCUUUAGCUCGUGCAACGGCAGAUGAAGUACUUCAAAGUGAUCUCUCUGCACACUACUUACCCAAGCAUGAGGAUAGCCCAGAUGGAAUCAUACAAGUGGAAACAAUGAAGUUGGCCCGCACGGUGUUCAGCAAGCUCCAUGAUGUCUGCAGCAGCUGGGUAAAGGACUUUCCCCUGCAAAGGAAACUUCGCCGUUAUUAUGAAACAUCCAUUCACGCCAUUAAGAACAUGCGCCGCAAGAUGGAGGACAAACAUGUCUGCAUCCCUGACUUCAACACACUUUUCAACCUUGAGGACCAAGAGGAACAGGCCUACUUUGCAGUAUUUGAUGGCCACGGAGGGGUGGAUGCCGCCAUCUAUGCUUCUGUCCACCUCCAUGUAAACCUGGUGCACCAGGAGAUGUUCCAGCAUGACCCCGCAGAGGCCCUGUGCAAGGCUUUCCGAGUGACAGACGAGCGCUUUGUGCAGAAGGCGGCCAGAGAGAGAUUGCGGUGUGGAACCACUGGCGUGGUGACGUUCAUCCGAGGGAAUAUGCUGUAUGUGGCAUGGCUGGGUGACUCCCAAGUGAUGCUUGUGAGAAGGGGUCAGGCUGUGGAACUGAUGAAGCCGCACAAGCCUGACCGAGAGGAUGAGAAGAAACGCAUUGAGGCCCUUGGAGGCUGUGUGGUCUGGUUCGGGGCUUGGCGAGUCAAUGGGAGUCUGUCUGUCUCCAGAGCUAUUGGUGAUGCAGAACAUAAGCCAUAUAUCUGUGGGGAUGCAGAUUCUGCUUCCAUGGUUCUGGACGGAUCUGAAGACUACCUCAUUUUAGCCUGCGACGGUUUCUAUGACACCAUGAAUCCUGAUGAAGCAGUGAAGGUGGUGGCAGACCACCUGAAGGAGAACAAUGGGGACAGCAGCAUGGUGGCACAUAAGUUGGUGGCUUCAGCUCGAGAUGCUGGCUCCAGUGACAAUAUCACUGUCAUCGUGGUCUUUCUCAGGGACAUGAGUGCAGCAGUAAGUGUUAGUGAGGAGUCAGAGUGGACAGAAAACUCUUUCCAAGGCGGGCAGGAGGAUAACGGCGACGACAAAGAAAACCAUGGUGAUUGCAAGAGGCAGUGGCCCCAGCACCAGGUCUCGGCCCCUGCAGACCUAGGGUAUGAUGGGAGAGUGGAUUCUUUCACGGACAGAACUACCUUGAGUACAGGUUCCAGAAUUGACUUGUUGGAAGACCAAGGGUAUGUAGACUUAAGGAAAACAGAAGCUAGCAAACUUCAGAGUGCCAAACGCCUGUCCCCAGAUCAAGGGUUUAAUGCUGGUGUACCAAAGAGAGCAACCCUGGCUAAUGGUUUUUCAGCAGAGAAUGAGACGCUGCCUGAUGCUGCCCCUCCUACGUGUGGACACAGCAGUCUCCCAGGGCAGAUCUCUUUCCUUAGUUAUGGGUCUACGAGCCCGCACGAAUACAACAUGGUGAGUGAGACUCCCAUCUGUGUGAGGCUGGGGGGCGAGCCGUUCAAAUCUUGGGCCCAAAGAGCCUCCAUUUUCUCUCAUUUCCACCUCUGUGACACCAAGCGGUGGCAGCGGCUAGCCAGACUCAAGCCAAAGCUCCACACGUUUUUCUUUGAGCACCGACCACUCUCCCACCAGGAGUGCUUUGCUCUGCACUCACCUAGCAGUGCGAACGGCCACAGGAAUAAGUCACUAAGAAGCCGUCUCUGGCAAGGCUUCUCUAGCUGUUACCAGAGUCACGAUGAGGGGAUUCUCCUGAGCUACUGUAUACCAGACCCUGGGCUUCUCUGGAGCUGUAAAAAAUAAUGUGCUCCUUUGUGGUCCCCCCAUUCUCUUUAAAUAGUUAGGUUAGACGUUCACAGAAUGAGAAUUAAAAAACAAAAAGAGUGGGCGCUCCACUCGUGUAAAUAGAUCUAGGAAUAAAACAGUGUUUCAGUCUCAAAAAAUAGCAGCUGGCAUGCCAGUCUCUCUCUCUCUCUCAGCAAUGUCACAGACAUACACGUAUCUAAAGCUUCAUUUGCUUAUGGGAACUAGGUACUGUCAUUGACUCACCUGGACUAGAUAGGAAAGUAGUAUUUAUAAGAGAUAGCAAAAGAAAGGUGAAACCUGUUUGAGAAGAGUCUGUGGAGCAAUAUUUUCAGAAAGUCCAUGUUUUAAACCUGCCAGUUUUUGUAAGUGUGUUGGGGGAGUGGGCAGGAAGACUUCACUAGUCUGGGUUGCAAAGGGUUCCCUUUGGGGUUUAAGGUUAACAAAGCAAAAUGUAUAGCCAGCAAGAUGCUUUGCAGGUAUGUUUUAAAAAGCCAUAUGGGGGGUUUAACAGGUACUCUAGCACUACAUCCUGCCCAUCCCCUGUUAAAUAUCUAAUAAUACUCCGAUCAAGGUAUGAAUUCAGACUUCAGUGAUCCUCCCUCCCUUCUUGUAACAUUAAAAAUGAAGGCAAACUAAACUUCUCUGUAGGUUAAUAGUGACUAUUUUCUGUGGCUGGAGUCAAAAUUAUAUUGGCAUUUCAGUAGCUUGGGAGGAUAUAUUUUUUUUGGUGCUUAGUGACAUAUUACUUUUAAACUAAAAAAGUAAUCUUAAAUAAUGUGCAUCUAAUAGCAUCAUGGUCAGUAUUUUCCAUUAACAACUUCUCACUAAUCCUUUUUUUUUUUAAAUCUCAGGUGUCAAACCAAUCUAGAGCUAGUCCAGACACAAACAUGCUGUCUAUAAACUUACAGAACCAAAAGCUGACUGACAGUUCUGCUUUCCCAGUUCACUCCAGGGCAUCUAAAGGAAGUAGUAGGAGACAGCAGUAAUGCUGGUGUUGUCUUUGGCUCAGAUGUUGGGGCAGUUCUUGGUGUGUUUUUUUAGGGGAGACUAAGACUAAUAUGGGGGUGAAGCUCUUAGGAAUGCCACAAUGCAACUGGGAGUAAGGAGAUGGUUAAGGGAAUCUGCUGUUGCAGCAGCUGAAAAAUUAAAAGUCUGAAAUCAGUUGUGGAGUGGAUUACCUCUUGAUGGGCAAAAGCACUAAUUAAAGGGGGAAAAUGCAGUAAUUUUAGCACUAAAUACCAAACUUAGAAUGCAGAAAUAAAUCCAAGACAGGUGGCAUUUUAGAAAUUGCCUCUUGGCCACUAACAUUUGACAGAAUGAUCCCAACAUGAGGCAUUUCAUUUACACAGCUCUGAGUAUCCCACAUAAGUCCCAAGGAGGGUGCUUUAGACUUGAGUCUUGACAGUAUUGCUAACUAGUCUAUGUUGUCAUUAAUGCAGCUGCACAACACCAACAGUUUGCCUACAAGCUAGAAAUGCAGUCAGUCCAGAGGAAUUUCUUAAGGAUAGAGUUGUAGUGUUUCAUUGGUCGACUUCCUUGAAGAGACUUAUUGAAACCGUAGAGGAAAGCUUUAAAGCAAGUUGAAGAUCUCAAGACGUCUUUUGUCUUGGGGAGAAAUUUAAGGGCCUACUCCGUAUUCCAUUUGUCAUCCUCUGUGAGACUUCGGUGCCCUGUGUGACCAAUCAGGGACCCCGGAGGAGUGGCAGAAGAGCAGCCUGUGCAACAUCAGGGUAUCACUGCUGCCACCUUAAAAAAAAAACAAAAAAAAACCCCCUUCACAUUGGAGAAGGUAUGACUCAAGUCUCUGCUCCCUGACAGUUGUUUUCAUACAGUUGCACUUAGCUCUUUUCCACAGAGGUGUGUGUCAGACAUUCAUAACAGACUUCUUCCCUCAGUGCAGGCAUAAUUGAGAAGCUGUAGCCUCAAAGUAUGCUUUUGUGUUAAGAAAAAAGUGGGAAACAUCCCCCCCCCCCGAAUCUCUGUGGAUUCAUACAUGGGUUAUCUGCUGCUCAUCCUGUUGAUCCCUCCAGGAGGGAGGGAAGCUGCCAUCCAUUCUUAGUGUGGCCUGGUACAAGAUAGUUACAAACAGCAAGUGUUCAUUCCUUCAUUUCAUCAGUGAUAUAGAGUAUGUAAGAGCCAUUUGUGAAGCAAACCCUUUAACCACGGUAGAAUAUGUAUUUAAAAUUAGUUGUUGGUCCAAUAUAUGCUGCUCAACUUUACACACUAGGCAAAAAAAAAGCAGUGCUUUGUGACAGUGUUUUUUCUCUUAAUGCCACUAGUGAUAGGAAGUAGUUCUCUUCAGUUCAAACUCCUGUGCCCUUAUUUGCUGCUUGCUGACGUAAGCAAUAAGUCCCUUUCCUCUUUUUAACUGAAAAUGGUAUCUCACUGUUCUGUAUCUUGUACUUUGAUCCUCUAGCUGGUGAUAAUGUACAAAAAAAGUAUAGGAAUCUAAUUGUAUUUAUUGUUAAUGUUGGUUGUCUGAAGUGUUUUGUAAAUCUGUGUAUUUCAGUAGUGGUGACAUUUGCGUAACAAGAACCUUUCCAAUAAAGAGCUGCAGAAUCCCUGGAGUUUACACAAUCCACAUUAGCUGGUAGGAAGUUGGUAGAGUAAACAAGGUUAAGUAGUCUGUCAUGGCAGGAGACUCGUGGCAGUUCAAAGUCUGCUUGAGUUUAUUCACUGUGAGUUUUGCGGGGAUUCCUGCAGUCCCCCUCUGAUGUACGAAUUCUGAGUACGGCAGGAAAGGGAGCAGCGGCAGCAGCGGAGGAAGCCAUUGAUCUAGUCCAAUUGCACUAAAAUAUUUAUACUUAGAAGUGCCAUCAAUUGUCCUUGUGAGUUUACAACCCUGGGAGGCAUAUUAUUUCCCUCUUCCCCAACCAUAGUCUCUGCAGUUUAGGCAUUGUUCUCCUUCUGUCCUUUCAUGCAGGCUGGACCAGAGUUCCACAGCUCCCUUACUAAAACAAUUUCCCAGUUGUACAACCGAACAAGGGAGAAAAGUUGCCUGAUACUUGCGGCUCUUGGUUCAAAAUGACAAGACAGGAGAAAAAUGGGACACACGUGGGAGUUCUCUUCCUCCUCCUCCUCCGGGCCUGCCUGCAAAACCUUCAAUCUACCUGGAAAGCACUAGUGCCCUCCCGGGCUUGUGCUUUUAAGUAUUCUACUGCCAGACAUAGCCACCAUACUGGAACGUUCUGUUAAGCCAGGAAAACUAUGCAGAGGAAGUUCAGCAUUACAUAAUGUGAGAGCUGUAUUCCAAGUAGCCCUUUUGCCCUGCCAAAAUUCUGUGGUAGCAGGGGAGAAGCUGAGCACCUUCUCUCCAAAGAACUAGCUCACUUGCAAAGGCAGACCAGAGUCAGGAUGCCAAGGCUUUUGGCUGUGUUUAAGUUAAGCCUCUCUGCACAUUAACUGCUCAAAAAAUCCUGCACCUGUCCAUCAUGUGCAACACACAUCUUCAAGGAACCCAAGUGACAAAGUGGUUUUUAUUCUUCUGUCACACCAACGAGUUUCUGUAACUACCAGUAUUAACCCUGAAGUGUCAUGAAAAUACACCUAACAAGUUUGUGUUUACUUAACCCCCUUGGCUGCUGCAUAUUUUCUUCUAGAAAAUACGGAUGAGUCAAACAAGAUUAGCUAGGUGUAGCGGGAAACCGGAGAUUCAGCUUAUUACUAAAACAUUAAAAUGCCAAGUGUAUUAUUGGGCUCCUGCGGAAAGAUACUUACGCUAUCAUGAAAUUAAUGAAGUGGGUCAGUUUACUGCAGAAGUGACUUAAUACUACUGUGCUAAGACCUAUUGGGACAAUUUUUCCUGUAGCUCACAAGUUCAGUUAGAAUGAUGUAUUAGCCAUAUUUUAUUUAUUAAAGCUGUUCACAAAAAGGUAAGGACUAUGUUCAACUUCUACCAGUAUCUUAAUAAAAACAGCAACUGUUAA